UUUUUUUUAUAAUUAACUCAAGUAAUAUUAAUAAUGACAAAUAUAAUGUUAAUACUCCCUCUAACCGGUGUUUAGCAAUGAAAAUCAUUAUUGAAUUUUUUUUUAGUUUUGUGCAACUCUAUUAAAAAACUAUAAAUCAUUUAAAAGUUCAUGAAUUUGUACUAAAUUGUUGUAUAUGUUAAUUAAAAGGAGAAGAAUAAAACAAUUCUCUCUAACAUAAUAGAAAACAAAUUAAAGAAAUUGUUUUUUGUAUACGUUAAGAAAUGUUAAGAAAAUAAGAGCAAGAAAAACACCAACAAAAAAAACAAAAACAAAAAGUUGUUCUUCCUACACAUCCCUGAUUAUUAAAACGGCAACAGUUGUGUUAACAGCUGUUUAGUUUAAAUAAAUAAAUAAAAUUCGACAAUAAUAAAAAGCAAAAUUUCGUUUAUUAUUUUAACCUUAAAUUAUCUUAACUGCACAACUGUUUCGCUUAACCUAUCAAAAAAUAAAAAAAAAAAUAAAAAAAAAAAUAAGAAAAUAAAUAAAAAAUACUUCCAAAUAAUAUGGUCACAAAGCAAUUUAAACAACAAUUGCGUGGCACACGUUGUUAUGUUUCGUUGGCCUGUUCAAUCGGUUCAAUUAGUUUGGCAUGCGGCAGUUUUCUACAAAUACCUAAUACCACCGAUCGCAUUUCAUUGCAACGUGGCCUUUUCCUAACGUCCUUGGGUUUCAUUUACUUUAUUUCAUUAACUGAUUUUUGCAAUAAAUAUCUGCUGGAUACCAAACAUGGUGUGAAAUUUCGCAAAAAAUACCGCCUUAUGAUGUCAGACGUCAUGGAUAUGACCAAUAAGAUUGUUUCAGCGAUACAAGCCGCAUUUUCAUUUCUGGUGGGUUUCAUAGUGUGCAAGUCGACAUGCAGUAAAUCAUUUGUAUAUGCUUCGCAUUGCCUAAUGGAAGGUUACGGCUGGUUUGGUACCGCUUAUUUUAUGUACGAUAUUUGGUCUAUGUACAAGGUGCAUAAGCAAAAAAUUACCGAUAAAUUAAAAUUAAUGCGUUUGACAUCGAAUGCAUCAUUUAUGCCGAAAGCGACAAAUGGUCAAAAAAAUGGUGGUCUCUAUGAUAAAUAUAUGGCUACAACAUUUAAUGCGAACGGUGAACGUCUAAACGCUUUAGAUAUCGCAUAUAAUAAUGACGAGAUAGCGGAUUAUGUGGAUGGUGCAGAUGAUAACGUGCGACAUAAGCGUCAUCAUGAGGAUGAAAUUUAUGAUUAUGACGGCGAAUGUGUGCAGAUACCGGAGAAUGGAAAAUGGGGCUUUCUCAAAUAUGUACUAACACAUCCAAUUAUGAUGAUACAUCAUGUAUUUGUGGGUACAGUUGGAUUUUUGGUGGUAACAUAUAUACGUGGCGGAGGUCAUUGCAUUUAUAGCUAUAUGUUCAUGAUGGAGUUUUCCACUCCUUUUGUAUCGCUACGAAGUAUUCUAAGUACAUUGGGCUUAAAAGAAACCCGCAUAUAUAUCAUAAAUGGGUUGAUAAUGUUAUUGUCGUUUUUUAUCUGUCGUGUGUUGAUGUGGCCUUAUGUUAUGUGGCGCUAUAGUUUGGAAAUUAAACUUAAUAUAUGGCAAGCUAUUUAUGGUUUACCAGCUGGUUGUAUUAUAGGAAUCUUAGUGCUAUUCCUGCCACAGCUCUAUUGGUUCUUUUUAAUGCUUAAAGGAGCCUUAAAGGUUUUCUUUCCGAUCCAAUCUAUAAAAAAGAAAAUGAUUUUAGAUAAAACAAUCCUAUCAGACGUCAACGGUCAGUGCUCAAACGGCAAUGACCGGUCAACGAAAAAUGGUUCUUUAUUGCAUUCUCUUGAAAAGCUUUAAAAUUCCGUUCAUGUUUUUCAUAAUUUUAAGAUUUUUCUCGUUAUAUCCCAAACCAAUAAUUAUACCUUAACAUAUUUUAAACUUGUCAGUAGGUGUAUUUAUAAUUAUAAAAAAAAAAAAAAAAAA